AUGGCGGUUAACAGACUUACCAGCGCCCCUAAACAGACGGGCCCAGGGAAACAUGCCCCGGGCUCAGGGAAACCUGCCCCGCUAAAUACCAGGGGUAACUUGGCACAGAAGUCUGGUUCCUUGGUCAGAUCCAAUUCAAUCGCUAGCAAGGCCAGUUCUAUCCAGUCUAACAAACCAAGUUCUCUCCAAAUCAAGUCCUCUCUCCCGUCCUCUAACGUCCCUUCAAAACCUGGUCCCCGAUCUAACUGGCAGAAAGCUGCCGUCAAGACCAAAUCAGUCUCUAACUUCAGUAAACCUACAAGUUCUGCUGUCGGGGCGAAGAAACCGUACGUUCCGCAUAAACCACCAGCUAAGUCUGGCAUGGGAGCAAAACCUGGGAUCGGGGGAGCCGGCAAAAAGGGCCCUGCCAAAUUUGGGGGUGGGAAAAUGGGCGGCAAGUUCUUCUGA